AGUUCUGUGGUCUUUCUGGUUGGACGACGCUCGACUCGAGGAACCCCCAACCGUCGCUACCGGCUCGCUAUGGAAUUCCUCAGGAUAGCGUGGGGCAGUUUGGCACUCCUAAUUCUUCUAACGUGCGCUCCGCACAUGCCUAGUGCGAUAGGAGCCAGGAGAGAAGAGUACGAUGAGCCCGAGGAGCCAGAUUAUGGGGAGGAGGACGAAGAAGAGCAGGACAGAGAUGACCAGUAUGGGGAUGAAGAAAAUGGUGGCGAGGAAGAAGGGGAAGAUAUGCUGGUGCUACCUCCAGUUCCAGCCGACUCAUGCUUUAGGAAGGAUAACACUACACUGAAGGACAUUACUCCCUACAUCAAAUACACCGCUCCACUGCCUCACGACGGACGUCUCGUCGUCCUUGAUCGUGUGUUCACGCGUGAGAACGUCGACAAUCUGCGCAACCUACUGCAGUACAAGGACACGAACUGGGUGUUCACAGGUUUUGACCCAGAAGAGAAUGUUGAGUCUCGCUUGCGGCCGGAAAGCAAUGCACCAUGGAAGGCCGUGCUCCCAGCCGUUGAGUUUACCAAUACGGACCUAUGGCAGUCGAUACAGCGGAUGGUGAGCCUUGCCUUCCCCAGUGACGGAGAGCUCCUUCUCGCUGAUGUUGUCCUGCACGUCUUAAGAUGGGGAGAUCAGCUCAAGCCGGAUCUGGGUGACAUCAAUGACAAAUCGCUCAUUGCACAGAUCUACGUUGACGACUGGAAGCGCAACUACUACGGCGAAACGCUGCUGUUCAAUGACAGUGCCACAGUGGCGGCAAGCGUUCACCCACGCAUUGGUCGCAUGGCCAUCUUCACGGCAUCAGCACGACGACUACUUCACCCGCCUGCUAUCGACUACACAUCAGCACAGCAUAUUAUUGAGUUGAGGAUGGGAAGACCGGAUGAAGAAGGUUUUGACACGAACUUCCAUAAGAACCAGGGAUUUGUCCAAGGAGUUGAGGAUCGAAAAUUUCACGGAGAGGAGAAGCUGUUUACCAAAACUCUCAAAAUGCGCGAGGACAGUCAAGCAAACAAGGAUGUGGAGGAGCACCAUGUAAAAACCUACACUGCCAGUAGUGGUAAUCGAGUAAUGGUACUUGAUGGUUACCUUGACGAAGAAGAUGUCACGAAGCUUCGCUUGUUCAUGCUACACCGUGCACUAUACCGCUAUGAUGAAAAGAACCUUAUGUGGACUCUUCCCAUGAGCAUUGCCUUGUUCCGUCAAAGUCGGCUGUUUGAUGAACUUCAGCCGGUGGUCAGCCAUUUUACUGGCGCUGUCACCUACCACCCAUACUCGCUAUCCUGUAGCCUAACGAGAUUAGCCGAUCAAACCAGUAUGCUGCAGGCUGAGCAUUUGCCAGAACAUGGCGUCUCUCUGAGCAUAUUCCUCAACCCUGGCUGGACGAAAGACAUGUUUGGUGAAACGGUGUUUUUCGAGUCUCGACAGGGCAAGGGCAAUGAUGUGGAGGCUGUGGCCGCUGUUCGCCCCCGGUUCGGACGCAUUGCAGUAUUCCAGACGGCGUUCAACAGAUCGUGUCGCCCAUCAUCGCCGACAUUCCAAGGCGCUCAGUACAUCUUGACCGUGAACUAUGCUGCUUCACGGUCUCAUGCCUUCGACAUUGAAGCCAGUGUGGUCGGCAGUGAGGCCUGGUAUGACAAGAUGAUUACUCCGUCCAAUCUGAAAGCUCUGGUCAAAGAAAUGCACUUACAUCUGAGCACCGUUGAGAACGACAUGGGAAAGCGGGAGAUUGUGAAGAACCUAAAAGAGUUUGCUAAACGAGUUCAGUCUGGAGACAAGAUAACUGGAUCAGACGUGAAGAAGAUGCAGGACGAGAUUGACGAGAAGGUCGCACAGGCUAACGCCUUCCGUGGACUGUAAGAAACACAGACUGGCAAAUGUUCUGUACGCAAACACACCGACACAGAGCUCAUGAUAGGCUGCAUGCAGUCUCGAGUCCGAGGCUGCUGUUUUUACAACCUCCAUACGGGUGUAAUGCUUCAGCAGUAUAGCCAACGGUUCUCAGCAGAUAAUCAGAUGAGUUCGUUUUCUUUCCAAACGCGUUGGUACAGUGUCAUUGCCUGCCUACACUGUACUCCUUCAUUGCUGGUUCCUGUGCAUUGUCUACAGAUAUACUAUUACUAACAAUUGCUUCUGCCUUAUAUGUACACUGCAAGCCAGUAUUAGUAUUUGACCCAGAAAAACUAUAGCAUAUCGUACCGGACCACCCAGCCACCAUUGUCAACAACUGAUUUCCUGCGUUAUAAUUGCGGUGUCAAGAUUCGUGUCAUAGAUGUAUUAGCUACUAGUGUAAGGCCCAAACUGUCCGCUAGAAGAAAGCUAUCUAUUGAACAUUGCAUACCCAUUUCAAAGCAGUGGUUACUUACGCUCUCGUCAUCAAAUAAUUUUAAAUAUUUAUAAAUUCUACUUCAAACAAAGAAGAAGAAGUACAUUUUUCUUAAAUUAA